AUGGUUAAUCCCAAAAUCCUUUACAGCUACAUAAGACAGAGCACACGGAACAAAGAUCCCGUCCCACUGCUGCGAACGGCUGAGGGUGCGGAAAUCUCCGAUGACAAGGAUAAGGCUGAACAUCUCUCUCAGUUCUUCCGGUCUGUCGUGACAAGUGAACCUGAUUUUAUUCUCACCUGCUUAUGAAGACGAAGAAACGCCUACCCUCGAAGCCGUCUUCUUCACCGAAACAAUUGUUCGGAAUGAGUUACUAAACCUAAAAGAAUCGACCUCCCCAGGCCCUGAUGCAAUCCCGGCCAAGUUGCUGAAGAGGCUAGCUCCCGAAAUGUCCAAGCCGUUAGCCUUGAUCUUCCAAACGUCAUUUGUUACUGGAUGCCUGCCCUCUGACUGGAAGUCCGCUACCAUCACUCCGCUUUUUAAGGGUGGAAGUCAUGCGGCUGCGAACAACUACAGGCCAGUGAGUCUUACCUCCAUCUGCUGCAACAUCAUGGAGAAGAUCAUUAAUAAGGCCUUGAAGCAGUUCAUCGAGCAGCACCACCUCCUCUCCGAUGCCCAACACGGUUUUCGAAGUGGUAGGUCCUGCCUCACGAGUCUGCUCUUUACGCUCAAACGCUGGACCAAAGCACGCGAUGAAGGCAAUGUGGUGCACGCCAUCUACAUCGACUUCAAAAAGGCUUUCGACAGCGCUCCCCACCAACGUCUCCUGUACAAAAUGCUCAACGCUGGAAUUCGUGGACGCCUUCUUGUAUGGAUCCAGAGCCCCACAGGGCUCAGUCUUAGGUCCCACGAUAUUCCUCGUCUUCGUGAAUGA